AAACUGGCGUGCGGAGGAGGGAGUCCGAGUCGGGAUUUCGACAAAAGGCGCCAUAAGCGAGAGAGAGAGAGAGAGAGAGUGAGAGAGGAGAGAGGGGAACAGGAAUUCGAUGGCCGAAGAGAACACAGAUCUAUAUAUGGAAGGGUGAGGGAGGGGUAAGGGAAGAGCUUCCGACGCCCUUCUCUUCCUUUAUGGUGAUCGAGCUGUGAAGAAAUUUGAAAUUUCUGUCGUCUCCUUGGAGUUCGAAGAGGUUUGUAGUUCGUUUCGAUUUUGUUCGGGUUUAUGGUGUCGAAGUAACCAUAGGUCGAUGCUGUAUUGUGGCUUUCGAGAGAAGGGGGUGAUAGGGGAAUGAUGAUGGAUUUGUUUUGGCUACGGAGCAGCGUGCGCUAGUGGAGGUGUCCGAUAGGCGAGAUGGAUGGGAAAGGUGGCUCCUUUGUGGCGGUGAGGAGAAUAUCUCAGACGGCUGGUCGAGGGCACGGUUAUCAUCCGCCACCUGGAUCAACUGUAUGGAUUGGAAAAGGCAUUUCAUGUGUUUGUGCCCAAGGAAUAAAAAGUGAGGCUCAUCUAAUAUUUGAUCUUACUUCUUCUCAGGAACAAUGCUUGCAUAGGCUACAAAGACGGAUUGCCAUUGUUUAUGAUAGUUCAAAGAAAGAGCAUCAGGAAGCCUUGAAGGCCAUAUGGGGUGCUGCUUAUCCUGGUGUUGAACUCCUUGGUUUAAUAUCUGAACAAUGGAAGGAUAUGGGAUGGCAAGGGAAAGAUCCAUCCACAGAUUUUAGGGGUGGCGGUUUCAUAUCUGUGGAAAACAUGCUAUUCUUUGCCAGAAACUAUCCUAGAUCCUUUCAAGAUCUUCUCCAAAAACAGAAUGGAGAACGUGCACUGUGGGAAUACCCUUUUGCAGUAGCUGGUGUUAAUAUCACAUUCAUGCUCAUACAAAUGCUUGAUCUUCAGCUUGCCAGACCCAGAUCAUUUAUUGCAGCUGUCUUUUUGAAGUUACUUUCAGAAAAUGACCAAGCUUUUGACAUAAUGUACUGCAUAGCUUUCAUGUUGAUGGAUCAGCAAUGGCUUACUAUGCAUGCCUCAUACAUGGACUUCAACAUGGUGAUGAAGUCCACACGUCGUCGACUGGAGCAGGAGCUUCUUAUAAAGAGUGUCAGUCGAAUUGAGGACUUACCUUCGUAUAGACUCCUUGCUCGUUAGCAACUCAUUGGUUAUGUUCGAGUCUGAACAAUUUGAUUCCCUUUGGUUGUUGUGGUGUGUGAAAUUGCUGUCUGCAAGCGUUAUGAAUUCAUGCUUAACAAGGAAAGAUUCCCUAGUAGAAAAAGCUGAAAGUGUUGCAUUUAGUCUGUGUUUGGAUGGGGUGAGGGAAGCUUCAAUUUAGUAGAAAAAGCUGAAAGUGUUGCAUUUAGUCUGUGUUUGGAUGGGGUAAGGAAAGCUUCAUUAAUAGAAAGGAAAGGGAGAGGAACUAUGUAAUUUUUAUUUGGGAGGAAGGGAAGAUUCAUUAGCAUGUUUCUUUAUAUGAAAGGAAAGGGAGCAUGGGCAGAAUCAGCACAGGCCCGUGUGGACGGCUGCCCACACCGAGCUAGGACCUAUAAAAGAAAAUGUUAUUAACACAACCUAAAAAAAAAAAAUGCUGUGGUUGAUUUUGGAUGGUUACAGCAAUAUUUGAUGCAUGACACCUGUUUUUUCAAUUCUAAGUUUUUUUUAU